AUUGUCUGGGAAAAGAGACUUGUAUUGCUGACGAUUAGAAAUUGGUAUAUAAAAGCACUGGUAAGCUAACCAUGUCAGCACAAACAUUUUAUUUUAAUUAUUUUCUUGCUUUUUCUGUAUUGUUGCUAUAAGCUUAGGAUUUUGUUUGCUUUCUUGAAGCACGUCCAUGUCUACUCCCAAUUCCUCUGAAAAUCCCAAUGAAAUCUUGUCCCUCGAGAGAAUCAGAGAAACCAUCAUUCCCUCUCUCCUUGACCAAUUCUCCCGGGCCAAAUACUUCCUCUCCACCAGCCAAUCUCACUCUGAAAUGGCCAAUCAAUUUGAAAAAUUACGCAAAGACCUCACUUACAUCGAGCAUGCAUUCACCGGACUCAAGAACUUUGACGAAAGCGCGAGUAAUCUUUUCAAGAUCCUCCAACAGCCUCAACACAGCCUCAGCCACCUACUGGAUCAGCUGUCAACGCGAUCCCGCAUCCUUGACUCACAAGCUAAGCAAUUUCAGCCCAAACUGCGGGUGCUCAACGAGACCAUCAUCAAGCUGAAACUCCUACUUCCAUCCCCACAUAAACUUUUGUUGAGUAAGGAAAACUCUGUGUUGUCUACCGGCAUUGACUUCCAUCAUCCCAACAAAGUGCUUGACAAAUUGUCUGGCUUACACUUCAGUAAGGUGUUUGAAGAAAGCCCGGCUUAUAAAGAAUUUCAGGUUGUUUAUAACAGUCUUCGUGUAACUACGAAGCUCUGUUUGUUGUGUUUCGCUGUGUUUCCUGUGAAUGAGGUUGUAAAGAAGAGGGUUUUGAUACAAUGGUGGGUUGGAGAAGGGUUUGUGAAUCCUCCGGUUGGUGGCAAAGAGACGGUUCUGGAAAUUGCUGAUGGUAUAUUUGAAGAAUUAACAAAGAAGGGCUGCGUUGAACCUGUGAAUAAGAAACGGAGACCUUCCGUGGUGCAUAGUUUUAAAAUGCACCCUAUUAUUCGUUCUGCGGUGAUUGUUAUUGCCAAAGAAGUGGGAUUCUUUGAUUUUGACAAUAAAGGGAACCCCACAACCGAAUUUUCAUGGUCUCGACGUGCGUGUUUGAUGGAUGGUUCUCUGCCUCUGAUGCAGGUAAGACCUCAUGGGGAUCCAGAAAACCUGCAGAGGAAGGAUCCAGAAAACCUGCAGAGGAGGGAUCCAGAAAACCUGCAGACGAUAUUCAAUGUCAAUGAGUCCUAUCCAGAUUUUUCCAAAGUGGAGUGGUCCAAGUUGAGGAAUGUGAAUGUUCUUUAUCUUGGAAGGUGGCACAACAGAGCUAAGCAUCACAUUGAAGUAGAUGACACCGAAUUCUUCCAGGGGUUGCAGUAUAUGGUAAAUUUGAUAUUCUUCAGUCUACGAGGAAUAUCGAGGAUUAUGGAGCUUCCUGAUUCUGUAUGCAAGCUUGUUAGUUUGAGGAUCUUGGAUCUCAGUGCCUGUCACAACUUAGAGGUACUUCCUGAAAAAAUAGGCUUGCUUAAGAAGCUCACACACUUGGAUAUGUCCGAGUGUUACUUGCUAGAGCGUAUGCCUAAGGGGAUUGCGUUGCUCUCAGAACUCCAAGUUCUUAAAGGAUUCAUAAUUCACGAAUAUCAUAAGAAUGAUGCUUCAUGUACUCUUCAGGAUUUGUCAGCAUUGCAGAAGUUGAUGAAAUUGACAAUCAGCACUAGCAGGGAAGAUUUUCCCAGCAAAGAAGAGCUAAUUGAUUUCCAACAUCUUAAAUCACUUCGAAAGCUGACAAUAGUGUGGGGAGGGUUAUCCAUCCAAGCCAAUGCUGCACAAGAACCGGUAGCACCAACUGGGACCAAAACUCAUAUGGGUAGAGUGCCAUCAAGAUUACCUACAGUCAAGAAAAUGACCACGGCAACUACCAUGAUAAAGGAAAAUCAAGAGUAUUUUAAGGAACUUGAGAAGCUGGACCUUCAGUGCUAUCCUCGGAUGACAGCACCUAGCUGGUUGGUUCCCCGCAGGCUUAAGAGCCUGAAAAUGCUCUACAUUAGAGGAGGGCCGCUUCGAAAUCUAGGUCAUGCGGAGGAGAAUGACAAGUGGACAGUUGAGAUAUUACGUCUGAAGUUCUUGAGUGAAUUAAAGAUGGACUGGAAUGAACUGCAGAUGUCAUUUCCAUGCUUAACAUAUGUGGAGAAAUUUAGAUGCCCUAGGCUCACUUUCUUCCCAUGUGAUGAGAGUGGAGUUUGCUUGAAGCCGUGAAAUGGAACAAUGGAAUCGUAUCCGGUGGGAAGCCUCGGCGAGAAUGUGAUGCAUUCAAACGGUUAAACUGAAGGUUCACUAGAUUGAUUGAAGAAUAUCGUCAAUUUUGUUUCCCCUAAUGCUAUGCUCUCUUUUUUCCUUUUUCUUCGGAAAGUGAAUUUAGUUCUGCUUGUUGAAAUUUAAUGUUGCUCCAAAGUUGAAUGUGGAUUGUAUUCAAGCUAUUGAGAAA